UUGCGAGCUAGCUUGCCAGCCCGAGCAUUGCAUUGUGGGUUUUGUAGUCGAUUUAGCUAACAACAGAUUUCCACGAUUUUUUCACUACCAAACUUAUUAUAGCGACCAAAUUUUAAAAAAAGUGUUCACAAAAAAUAUUGUUAUAACAUGUUAGUGUUAUGUAACACUAAAUUAUAGGAAUGAGUGGUUUUGGGUGGAUUUUUCCUGGACUGUCCCCCGUUGUCUGCCCUGUUCCAAAAUCUUUCUUUGCUAUCUAGACACAUCAAAAUAGUCUAUGUUACACUGUUAGCGGUUACCAUGUGCACCAUUGUGCACUUAACUACAAGUUUUGCUUGCUAAAUGAAGAACAAAAAUAAUAUGAUGGGUAUGCUCCCCAGCUCUAGGAGGCUUAUAGCCUAGACCUAAGUUGUAAGGCAUACAGAUUGUGAUAUAAUAAAAAAAGUUGUUAUUAAACUGAAUUUAUGACGAUAAUUAUUGAAAUGCAAUUAUAAUUGUCCUUCUGUUGGCAUGUCCAUAAAAGUCACCAAGUAGCCAUGCGCGUAAUCAGUGGUUUAAUAUGUUAUUACGCACGGCUAGAGAUAUUUUGGGCGGUCUCUCGCUGUCGGCGGCGUGGCGACUUAUCUCACCGACAAGGGCUUCUAUGUAAACUGAGGCAAAACUAAAACAGAUGAAACUCAGAGCACAUUCACAAAAAAAUGCUGCCAAUUUUGAUGGCUCCAGAAGACGCGGAAUCCACGGGAGAAACACGCGCCUGCACAUGCGGUCUAUUCUUUAUUUGAGUUAUUUAAAGUAAGCCUGUCGAUGCUUUUAAUCAGAGUGCUACAUUGCAUAGGGAUUUGUCUGGCUAUACUUUAUUGAUUAAGUUACAAUAUAAUAGUAUUGUACUUUUUCGCGAUAUUAAUUAAGGCAGUGCUGUCGGUUUUCAAUAGUGCCUUUUUUGUGUAGAAAUGAGGAAUCCACAUCUACUCAGCGAUGGCUGGAAGACAAUCAAUGCAAAGGAUUCAACUGGGAAUAAAAAGUUUAAACGGAAAGGUCGGGACCCCAAACGAGUCACCAGUGAUGAAGUCAAACAUUUCCAAUAUGAUUCAAUAAUGGACGACGAUUCUAUGGGGGAACUGAUGGAAGAGACAUGUAGAAACAUUGUCCAAAAAAGACUACAGGACCCUGGUUCAGUUCUAUCUGUGGAGAAAUCCAUUAUUUCAUCUGGAAACCCGAAUACUGCUCUUGACAUGAGGAUAAAUGCUUUACCAUCAACAGUUACUGGGAAGCUCCCAUCAUCACAGUCACAGCCUUUAUCCGAGUCAACACCGACAAGCAGAGACUCUUUUCUCAGCACAUUCCCGCAUGUUACAAGUUAUGACCAUCAACAGUCAUUUGGGACUGAUCACACAUUACAGUCCCGGAUCGUCCUGUGCCAGCGCUCUGAGAAGUCCCUCUCCUCAGCCUCUCAGACACCCUACAUCAAUAGCAGCGACCCGGUUGAAUCGCCAAAGAAACGGCUAGGAGAAACGUCUGGCGUCGUCACUGAGAUCAAAGCCGUUCAGCAGACACGGAGGCUACUGGCGAAUGCCAGAGAGAGGACCCGGGUGCAUACCAUCAGUGCAGCCUUUGAGGCGCUGAGAAAGCAGGUGCCCUGCUACUCCUAUGGACAGAAGUUGUCAAAGCUGGCUAUAUUAAGAAUCGCCUGUAACUACAUCCUGUCGCUAGCUCAGCUGGCAGACCUGGACUACACCCCAGAUCACGGCAACAUGAGCUUCAGAGAGUGCGUGGAGCAGUGCACCCGCACCCUGCAGGCCGAGGGACGCUCCAAGAAGAGAAAGGAGUAAAAUUCUCACAACAUCGGUGGCGUGAGCCAGGCUUUAUAACAAGGCCCUUGAACAAAAGAAAUUCUUUACAGCUCUGUUAUUGAGGUUAUUCAAGGUCACUCCUGGGGGAGACUACAACCAGUCACUUGGACAUACAGUAUGAUGGACCUAAUUUCAUAGGCCUACUUGAUACCUGUUGAGCUAGCAGAAAUAUCAAGAAUCUCCAGUUAUGGAUAUGUUUCUGCCCGUCGUGAGUUGGAAUGAAUCUCAUUCGGUUGAUGUUUGAACAGUUAAAAGUGGGAGACAGCAUUGAUGUUCUUUAAGCAAACAGGAAAACAUGUCUGGUGGAUGAAAUCAGAUUGUUCAAUCAUAUGACAAUUGGAGGCAGAGACAGCAGUGACUAUAACCAUUCAUAACAGUGAUUAUAACAGUUUUAUUCAACUAUGAACCCCAAUGCCUUUUCAAUGACAUACAGGUUUUUUUUAUUUUAUAGUAUGAUUGGUAAUUUCUGCUUGAUGGAAGCUAACUAGUGAAAGCUCUAGGAACAUAUAUUUGAUUACAAGAUAACUUAAAAUGACAUAGCAAUGGUAUUUUAUUCAGCAACUGUUUUUAUGUGUUGAAAUAUUAAUUAAGUUACAUGGGUUAUUGUCUGCUACCUGAGCUCAGUAUUUUAAAAUAUCCCAGAUUGACACAUUUAAAAGUGACCUCCCUUUCAGCUGGCCUUUUCUAAUGACAAAUCUCUGACUGUUGUGUGCUAAUCAAGCACUUUUUAACCAAAAAUAAAGGAACUGUUGUUAAUUUA